AUGUCGUCGCACACCAUCCCUUCCUCGCCAUCCCGGCCUAAGCCCGAGCGAAUGGGCAGCUCGCCCAUCAAACCCGACACGGACCACCCCGCAUCUACAUCCAAGCUCCCCUCCUCCGACGCUGACGAUAAGAAGUCCGCCAAGCGUCCACGCGAGCAGUACAGCUGCGUCGAAUGCUUCCGACGCAAGCAGAAGUGCGAUCGUCGCUUCCCUUGCAACAAUUGCAUCAAGCGGCGGCUGCCGGAGCGAUGCGUGCCUCCGCCGUCGGCGCGGGUCGGUGGAGGGUCGCCAACGCCCAGCGACGGUGGCACGCCGCAUCGCAAUAGCAUAUCGCGCACCACGUCGGAGGUCCAACUUCCGACGCCGGCGGCGAAGCGGCAGAGGCUGAACGAGGACGAGGCACAAUGGGACGAUAGGCGGAUUGACGAGCUCGCUAGGACGACAUCGAGGAUUGCACGGCUGGAAAGGAUCCUCGCGUUGAACGACGCGAGCUAUCUCGAACAGAGACUGGCGCUCGCAGAGAAGGCGGUGCGCUUGCGGCUGGGUGAAGAGGGCUCGCGAGGCAACGACUUCCCUCCAGCAGACCAUCAGAUUUCGCGACGGUCAAGCUACAUACCGGACGAGAACGAGACGGAUCGACAUGCCGAUGGACACCUGGACGACAAUGAUGGCUUCCUAGGCACCUCAGCGCUGGAAGCUGUGCCGCUGCAGUUGAAGAACGGACUGCCGCCGUCGAAGAGCGAGGUGGGGGCAGAUGUGGCUCCCCAGGCACUGCUUUCGUACAUCCACCCGAAUCCGACUCGACGAGGCUUCCCCAUUCCGUCGACGGACGUUCAGGCGAUUCGCGCAACCUUGCCAUCGAGGGAGCAGUGCGAGAGGUACUUCGACGCCUACUUUGCGCAUUACAACUGGGCGCGGCUGCCGCUGCACGAGACGACGCUGCGCGAUCGAUUCCGUCAAUUCGUCGCUGGCGUGCCGAGCCCCUCGGAUGUGCGGAUGGAUGCCGAGACGCUGCCCUUUGUCGCCCUUGUCCUUGCGAUAUUGACGCUCGGCUCCGUCCCGCCCAUCGUGCAGCCCCUCUCGUCGGCUAUAUCCCACGCCUUCUUCUGGGCGACCAAAAAGGCGCUUGUGCUGUGCGAGACGCUCGGUCUGGCAAGUCUCGACUCGUGCUGGGCACACGGUGUGCUGGUUCGCUACCUCGAUGUCAUCCGUGUUACACGUGCGAGCUGGCACGAGAUCGGCUCGUGGAUUCGGGACGCCCUCGACCUCGGCCUCCAUCGCGACGGGAGCUCCUUUAACUUGCCCAAGGAGCAGGUGGCCGCACGCCGCAUCCUCUGGUCGCACGUCAUUCACAACGAUCGCGAAUGGAGCAUCAUCCUCGGCCGACCGCUCACCAUCACCUUCUUCACCACCGAGAUGCCCACCCGAGAAGACCUCGAGCCGCUCGGCUUCGCGUGUCAGACGUACCUCCUCGCGCGCAACCGGUUCACGGCUUGUCUAGAGGCCAUCACGCAUUGCUUUGAGGAGCGAUCGGCCAGUCGUGGGCCGUCUGGGCGCACCAGCAGGGCCUACUAUCGCGUGCUGGAGGUGGAAGACAUGAUUGCGGAGUUUGUCGAUUCGCUGCCACCGUAUCUGGCGUCGACAUGGUCUGCGUCGGGCAAAGCCAAGACGGACACGAGUCUGGACCAGGACCAUCCGUUGCUGCCUUUCUACCGAUACCUCAUCCUCGGCGAGGUGUGUUUCUAUCGAUCUCUCCUCCACCGCCCCUACCUAUUGCGACCCGCGACGCACGGCAAGCACCCUUUCCCCGAGAGCCGCCGCGUCUGCGUCGAGACGGCGCUGAACGACCUCCGUCUGCGCAAGGAAUACGCGCGCAUCCUGACCAAGGAGCAGCUAGCCCAAUCCUUCGGUGGCGCCUACGCGCUGUUCAACUCGGCCAUCGUCGUCGGCAUGUCGCUGCUGAUCGGCUUCAGUCUGGGCGAGCGCAUCGAUUCGGUCGAUCUCAACGAGCGUAUCGGGUACCUGCAGAACUUCAUCACACAGCUGCGGCGCAACUUUGACGCGGGCAAUGUGGAUGCGAGUGCGGAGAGGGAGCAGAUGGUGAUCGAGGUGUUGGUGUCGCGGUUGGAGCCGUUCUUGCCUCGGGAACUGGCCAAGAGGAGUAAGGGGGAGUUGGCGGCGGCGAAGGGGUCGAUGCGGGCGACGAUGUUGCAGGAUCCGAUGCGGAGGGGGGCCGCGAGCGCGGCGAGGGUGGAGCAGGAGAAGCAGGCGGCGGACUCGUUGAGGUUGUUGUCGACUAGUUUGCCGGGUACACCGACCAUGUCGAACAACCACGCGCAGGUCGGGUCGGGCAGCUAUGCGGGAUCGGGGGCGAUGCAACACCUGCCGCCUUCGCAUCAUUUGCCUGCGGGAUCGCCGAGUAUGGGCGGGGUCGGCGGGAUGGGUGGCCAGUUCGAUCACGGAAGCGGGAUGUUCGCGCCGACGCCGAACAUGGGUGCUGGGGCAGGGACGGCUGCGGGUGGAUCGACGGCCAACCCGAUCGACCCGUACGGAUGGCUGCUCACGCCCACGGCUAUGGAGUCGCCGGAUACAAAAGCCAGCUCGACGGGCACAAGCACUGCACACACGCCCAUCGCGACGGGCAACGGCAGGUCCAACUCGAUCGCCGGCGCCAACGCUUCCGGCGCUGCUCCUGGUGGGAUGCCCUCCAUUCCGGCGGCUGCAACACCGAGCCGCCAUCACGGUCACAGUCUCAGCGGCAGCAACCCGGCUCACUUCAUGGCCGCGUCACCGGGUCAAUUUGCAGCAGGUCUCGCUGCGACGACGGGUAACCCGGUGGAGGGCCAGGCGAUGUUCGACUGGGAGGGCAUCUUGCAGACCAUAGGAUCGGGCUGGACGGGCGAUGGCACGCUCGAGACUGGCAUGGAGAGUCUCUUUGGCUGA